UUUUUUGGUGGUCAGCGGAGUUUGUCCACCUCCGGUAGUGCUAACACUUUAACAUCACCCCUAUUUCCCUUUUCAUUUUAUUUUUUUAUUUUUAUUCAAAAAAAUUACCUCGAGAAAUGAAGGCAGCAACACGUCGUAAAGUAUCUUACGUAGUCAAAUUGUGUAAUGAAGAACAAACGCAUUGUCUCGGUGUCAAUUCAUUAGCCAUUGAUACCUCUCAUUACAAUACUGCCAACAAUGAAGGAGGUGUUUUAUACUCUGCUGGCAGGGAUGGUAUUGUAGCGAGUUGGGAUUUGCAUUUGAAAGUUGCAAAGGACACCAAAGACAAAUGGAGAUUAGAUGGACAAACUCAGGUAGACUUGAAUAUUUACCAUGGAAAGAAACAAGAAACUAAAAAAUAAAAACAUUCUGUUUUGUUAGACCACAGUUCCCAAGUCUUCAUGUAAAGCAUUUUCCCAAAUGCAUACAGAUUGGGUCAACGAUAUUGUUUUGUGCGAAGGUGGAACCUGUGUCGUGUCCGCUUCAUCUGAUAGAACAAUUAAAUUGUGGAAGCCCUAUAGUGAUGCACCCAAAGUAGCACAUACGAUUGGAUACCAUACCGAUUUUGCAAAGUGUUUGACGUAUGCAUCAAAGCCUGGAUGGGUAGCAAGUGGCGGGCUGGAUAGAAAGAUUAAUAUUUGGGAUAUUGAGAAAUCAGAAGCCGCAUUGUCAAUCGAUGCAGGCCCCAUUAAUCAUUAUUCAGACGGUACGAGUGAGAGCAAUAGUUCAUUGCAUAAUACCUCAAGUAAAUGUUCGAUAUACGCUUUGGCAGUGAAUCCAUCGGGUACCCUCUUAGCUUCUGGUUCACCCGAAAAAGUCGUUCGUUUAUGGGACCCUAGAUCAGGAAAACGUAUUAGUAAAUUAACAGGACAUACUGAUAACAUUCGUGCACUAUUGAUUAGUGAUGAUGGUCAAUACAUCUUAUCCGGUUCGUCCGAUUCUACUAUUAAGCUUUGGUCCGUCAAAGCUCAACGUUGUUUAACCACCUACGAAACACAUCCUGACUCAGUGUGGUCGCUUUAUUCCGAUCAUCCUGAAUUAAAGACAUUCUACUCAGGUUCCAGAGACGGUCUUGUGAAUAAGACGGAAAUUUCAGGCCAAACUUUAUCAGAAGGUGAAAGCGAAUGUAUUGGAUUAUUUAAGGAAGAUUCCGGUGUGAUAAAGAUUGCUGCAUUGGAAGAUACAUAUGUUUGGACUGCCACUACCAGUUCCAGUAUUAACCGAUGGCUGUCUGUUCCACCUGCUGAAUCACGUCAAGUAUUACCACGAUCUGAAUUUAAUCCUGACAUCCCUCCUUCUGCGCUUAUCAAAUUACCUCCUGCCAAAAGUCCUUACACAUCUCAAGUAACAGAUUCCUUUGUAGGAAGUGAUUCUAUUACCAUGUAUGCUGGAUCAGUAUUAUCCAUCCCUAUCAGCUAUCAAGAUGAAGAUGUCGAUCUUCAAGAAACUUUAAUCCCUCUAAGAGCUUCACCAGAUCAUGUGAUUGAAGGUAAACCUGGAAUCACUGCUCAUUUGAUACUGCACAACCGACGACAUAUCUUAACAAAGGACACUAAUGGGGAGAUUACAAUGUGGGAUUUGACAAAGUGCAUUCAAAUCAAAAAUUUCGGUAAAAGAGACAUGGAAGAUGUAGCACAGGAAGUAAACAGUCUGGAAAGUUUCCCAGCUUGGUGCUCCAUUGACACUAAAAUUGGCGCAAUCACGGUUCAAUUACACGAAGUAAAUUGUUUUGACUGCGAAAUGUAUGCCGAUGAAGUUGAAAUACCAGCAGAUUAUCAAGUUCGUGAGGAUCAACGCUUAAAUUUAGGAAAAUGGGUACUCGUGAACUUAUUCCAAAAAUUCAUACAAAGAGAGCUUGAACAUGAGGAGGAAGGGCUUAUUCGCUUUACUGAUGAUCAACCAGAUAGACCUGAUUCUAUAAAGAGUAAAUCGCUUCAACCUACACAACAAGAGGAGAAAGUCGAAGCACCUCCUGCUGUCCCUGUCCCUCCUACUGUGACCAUACCAUCACUUAAUCCAGUAGCAACAGACGAUGGACCGAAAUUACCUCUUACUGCAGUUACAACUAACGUCGACCAAUCACCUUACCUGCCUUCAUCUCCACAGGCAGCGCAGUUCAAUGGACCCUUCACUGCGCCUAUUACAACAACUACUCAAGCAGAUUACUUCUCGGGUGCUCAUUACCCACCUGUUCGUAGAGAAUCUUCUGUUCAACUCCCUCAAGCUGUUGCAUUACCCACAUCCCCUACUUCUCCAACCGGAAGUAAUUUUAUGCAUAGGCUCAAGAACCUGUCUGUUAAGGCAAAAUUAUCACGCAUACCCACUAGUGAAGAUAGACCUGGUGAACCUUUCCCUAGCUUAUCAACAUCUACCAGUAUCCAAUCCUCUGCAGAUGAGCAACAACAACAACAACAGCAAUCAUUAGCCGCAGCAUCAGUGGCAGCAGCAGCUGUAGCCGAAAAGGCAGCAGCUGAAAAAGCAGCAGCUGAAAAGGCAGCAGCCGAAGCAAAGGCAGCAGAAGAAAGCAAAUUGAAAGAAAUCGAAGAAAGUAAGUCAGAAUGUUAUUCACCACCUCAUUCAGAAGAUUUCCCCCCGUUACAAAUCCCUUCAUCCACCAUGAUUAUUGUGGCAGAAGAAAGCGCAGAGGCCUCAACAGGGAUGGAUUUAUACCGUGGUACAGUUGGAUCAAGCGGCGAAGAUGCAGAUACAAUAAUCGAAGCUGCUCCGGCUUGGUUACUGGCUUUUCUGUUAUACAAUAAAACACCACCCAAGGAGACAGUUAAACUGACAUUUGUUUUAAAACCUGCAUCGGGUUCUAAACUAGAGGAGCUUCCAGGAGGGUAAAGUAUACCAGAACGUGAUUUUAAAAAUAUGAAUACUAAAUUUUUAUGUUAUGGAUUAGACCUAAUAAUCGACUGUUGGCAAAUCGAGUAUUACGGGUCAGGAAACUUAUCCAAUAUAUAUCCGAGAAACUAAACAUUGAGGAUGAAUCCCACGUCGAAUUAUUAUGUGGAGAAACCGUGCUUACACCCACCAUGACUCUCGCAGCCAUUAAACAGCAUAUUUUGAAAACAAGUGGAGAUAUUCCUCUUUGUUACCGUCUCAAAGAAGCAAAUUAAAAAAAAUAAAAAAAUUAUACUGCAGGGCAGUUUUUAUUUAUUUUGCA